UUGUUUCACAUCUCUUUUCAGGAGUACACGAAACCAAUCAUUCGGCGCAAGGAGACAACUGACCAACUUGCUCGCAUAUCACUUGUCCGCCGUAUUCUCUACAUCUGCCUUAAUGUUGGCCUCCGCCUGCUUCAUCCCUUCAUGCCUUUCCUUACUGAAGAACUCUUCCAGCGUCUUCCUCGUUCAUCGCAAGAGAAAGAACUUGCACCUAGCAUCUGCAUUGCUCCCUAUCCCUCUCGGGCAAAGCGAAAAUUUAUGACUACUGCAAUUGGAUAUGAAACCUUCACUGGCACCAUUGGCGAACUAUGGACGCAUCCCUUUCAAACAGGGACUGGAGACCCCAUUGGCACUGAUGCCAGAGUGCCUCCUACUGGCUUUAUUUACCUUAGACGGGUGUUUGACGUUUAUCGCGACGCCACCGGAGUGGAAGUUGACAUAAGACUCGCUUUUGCUCUGAAGCACCGUAUACGCUCCAUGAUUGGCCUUUAUCGCAUCCCGCCAGGCCAGCUGCCAGACAUGUUAAUACAUGCCCCUAAACCGGUUCUUGAGACACUUCAGCGAGGCCAAUACCUGGAUGAUUUAAUGGAACCUCUAGCCAAGGCCAAGUUGGUUCAAGCAAGCCAUCAACAAAAUAUUCGCAAGUUUCACUUUAUCUCCACCUGCAUAUCUGCUUAUAUAUCUUAUAUUCUUUGGUAUUUUACAACUGGAUAUACUAAAAAAAUGGUGGCUUGCAUAAUGCAAGUUAAUUUAUAUCCUUGA